CCGCCCAGGGGGCAGCCGGGGCCCAGGGGCCAUGGAGAGCUUCAUGGAGUCGCUGAACCGGCUGAAGGACGUCCACGAGAAGGAAGUCCUAGGCCUGCAGAGCAAGCUUCUGGAGCUGAAUUCUGAGCGGUGCCGGGAGGCACAGAGAGUGGAGGAGCUGUUCGCCAAGAACCAGCAGCUCCGGGAGCAGCAGAAGGUGCUGGAGGAGAACCUGCGGGCGCUGGAGAACAGGCUGAGGGCCGGUCUGUGCGACCGCUGCAAGGUCACCCAGGAGCUGGCCAGGAAGAAGCAGCUGGAGCUGGAGAGCGCGCACCUGCAGAGCCUGCAGCGCCUCUGCGUCCUCACCAAUGAAGUGAACGGGCUGAAGGAGGAGAACGAGACGUUGAAGGAGGAGGUGAAGCGACUUCGGGGCCCGCAGGACAGAAUGGUGCCGCUGGCCAGGGAGGGCAGCCCAGACCCCCCGUCCCCACCGCCGCUCCCCUCCCCCGGCAGCUGGAAGUCCGUCCCUGAGAAGCCCCCGGGCGGCCCCGAGGAGGCCGAGGAGGAUUCCCCCGCCACAGACAAGCCGGCGGGCUACAGGACCUCACCCGGGACUAAAAUCUCCCCCCGCGCCAGCCUGCCUGAGCCCUGCACGCCAGACGUGAGCCCCCAGCGCAUUUCCAACCAGCUGCACUCGACCGUGGCCGUGGUGCGGCCUGGGUCCCGGGCCUGCCCUGCGGACUGCGGCCCCGCCAGGGUGACCCCGCCGCUCACCGCCACCGGAAGCCCGCCCAGCCCGGCCUGUGAGCACAGCGCCCUGGACAGCUUCCUGCCGGCCUCCCGCACCUCCGCCCUGGCCCUCGAGGCCCUGAAGCGCUCCCUUCAGGCCGACCGCCUCUGCCUGCUGAGCCGCCCGCCGGCCCUGCGCCUGCGCGGCCCCCGCCCGCGCGCCCCGGCCCCCGCGGGGGGCCCCCGCAGCCCCGAGCCCCCGGGCCCGAAGGCCCAGCACACGGAGGCCUGGGAGGAGCCCGCGGGCCCGCCGGGCCUGCCCAGCGCCUUGGUGGGCAUGCAGGACCCGCGGCUGGAGGGGGCGCUGCACCUGCUGCUGGCCCAGCAGCACCUGUGGGCGCGGGCCCGGGCGAGCAGGCCAAGGGGCGCGCCCCCCCCUCGAGAGGCGCCCGCUUCCCCGGCGGCUGGCUCGGACUCGGACGGCCCCGGGGGGGAGGUGCUGGGAGCCGGCACCGCGGCCCCUCUGGGCAGGUGGCCCCCGCCCCCUACGGGCCCCGGCAGCCUCCGGGAAAAGGAGGGCGCCGCCCCUCGGGACUACAGCUGGGACAAACCCCUGGACCUCUCGGACCCGGCCCGCGGCCGGAACUCCGAGUCCUCUGGCCGGCCCCGACUCCCCAGCCCGGCCGCCGCCCCCACCUGCAGUCCGGAGCCCGCCCCGCGCGCACCCCCGGCCCCCAGUCCCCGCCCGGCACUCAGCAACGGCACCGAGGGGACCACAGAGACGGAGCCUGAAGAAUCCCCCCUUCCCACGGUAAGGACGCCGUCCCUGCCCGCAGCCUCCGAGCCCCCCAACUCUAGGCUGGCGUCCGUGCUGGCGCACUCGGCCACCCCCCGCCGCAGGCCAGGCCUGGAUCGCAGUCCGGCCUGCCUCCGGCCAGCGGGAACCCGAGGACAGGCAACCGGGCCCCCUGGCGUCUCCUCCCUGGCCACCAGCCAAGCCGCCCCCUCCCUGCGUCUUCCAGAGCCCAGCGAGGCUAGAGGGCAGAGGGCAGACUCGGACGGACGGGACGCACCUGCCGCCGCGGACCGCGAGGGGGAUCCCCAACCCCUCUCCCGGGCCGGCCCUGGUGCGGCGGCCCCGCCAGGGGCGUCCACCGCAUCCCCGGGGGGCACCCACGGCGCCCAGGCGGACGCCGGCUCCGAGGCGAGCCCCACACGGAGCACGCCGGGGCAGGGGCCUUUGCAGGACCUGCAACACAAGAGGAAGAGGGCCCCGGACGCGGAGGACACAGCUUGUAAGAAGCCAUCCCAAGGGAGGAAAUCCAGGGAGCCCCUGACAGCAGCCGAGGAGCCUGAGAGCCCACCAGGCCCUGAGGACCGCAGCCCCUCCCCUGGCAACGGCCGCCGGGAGACCUAG